AUGCCAGCCACUGUCACUCUUCACGCGAGGGUCAACUGCCCAAUCUCUGGGCCCAGUGAAAAGAUGUCUAUCCUCCCUCUCAUCGACGAGAAUAUCAAUGAAGCCGACCCAGCUGAGGUCGCAUUCAAAGAAUGGACGUGGGGUCUACCUAGAGGAGGCCUCAAAAGCUACUUGUCCUCCGACCACAACAAGUUAUUCUUGCGUCGUGACAUCGCGCGAAUGUAUGCCAAAUACGAAUUCGUCCUCGCGCCCACUUUUCGCACCUACCUGGAUGUACUCAGCUUCAUCAACCGUGCCGGGAUUAUCAACAGAGAUGAGAAGGAUACUUCGCCGCGCCGUCCAUUGACCGGGCUCACAUCUCCCAACGGUCUCUAUCGCUAUGUAUUCAUCCCUUUCACCGACGCGGCGCGCCAACUUGAGAAAGAGAUCGGCCUGCAGCCGCAGACGGAGGACGACUCAAACGGUGGUAUCAACCCUGCGUACGACAGGCCUUGGCAUCCCGGAAGCGAUCGGUAUCGGGUCGUGGAAUGCUCAGCGCACCCGUUCUCUAUUUGCACCUGGGCCGAGCAGGCGUUCGACGCCCACAACCUCGGCAAUUAUAUCACCGCUCAGUGGGCGGCAUGCGCAAGCUUCAUCCUCGAGCAAUGGCGAUGGGCUGGGGUCACUGUCCCGCAAUGGUUUUUGGACGCGCCAAAGCAAAACGAGAACGACUGCGCUGUCUACGGCUCCGAAAAGUCGGGAUAUACCCUUCCCCCCGUUAACUCUGUCGUGCAUACGGUCCCGAGGAUCGAGGAUAUCCUCCGAUACGAUCAUUCGGACUAUCCGCAGCCUUGCGAGAAGGUGCUGGACUGGUACCCGAGGCUCAAGCCACCCUUCCUAAACCCCAACCGCGCGCCUCACAUUCCGCGCCGCUCCGUACGGAUAGCGAAAACCUCCAAUCCGUACGCCCGACCGCCUCCCACCCCUCGCCGCCGUCGCAAGGUGUCUCCCGCUGCGCGCGCGUACCAACGCUGUGCAGAGGAAGAGGUGAUGCCCGCGUGGAUACAACUGAACGGCAACUUUCCGACCGAGCUGUUCUCCAGUACAGAAUGGGCGUUCUUCUGCCAUGGGACGUCGCUCGACGGCAAACUAGGCAAAAUCAAGACGGGCAGCUAA